GAGGGAGGAGGGCAUGUAGACAUAAAGUGAUAGAGAGAGAAGCCAAGUCAUUAGCUUGGAAACGUGGACAGGUAGUGAGAGGGUGUGAAUGAAAGAGGAUUUUUUUUUAAAAGUGUAUUUUGAAGUGUAGCAGACUGCUGGUGGAUGACUGAACCGGUUGACAGUGGAGUGGACUGACUAACUUUCUGAGUGAGAUUUCAGAGAGAGGGAAGAGAGGAGAGAGAGGGUUGCUCUGGAGUGAAGAAAAUUUGCACUCUACACAAAGAAAGAGAGAGAGUGAGGGAAGAGGAAAUAGGGACGGGGGAAGAGUUAGGUACACGGAAAUAAACAGGAGAGAGAAAAAGGUGUAGAGAAAAGUGUUCGGAGCCUAAUAGUGAAUGUUCUAUCUAUCCCUAACAGCAGUGAGUGUUUUUCGAUGGAGGAAUAUAAGGUGACAGUUGCUACAGGCACAUCAGAGUAUUCCGGCACCAAUAACUACAUAUAUGUCACCCUGGUUGGAGAGAAUGGACAGAGUGAGAGAACAAUCCUGGACAACCCUGGACUGGACUUCUGUAGAGGAGCGGUGGAUGAGUACAAGGUGUGUAGCCCAGCCCCUCUGGGUCCUCUCCUCCUGGUUCGUCUGGAGAAGCAGCGUUACUGGGUGGAGGAUAACUGGUUCUGUCGCUAUGUCACUGUGGAGCCACCAGGUGGUGGUAUAGCACUCACCUUCCCCUGCUACCGCUGGCUCAUAGGAGACGUCAAGGUGGAGAUACGAGAAGGCACAGCGAAGAGACUCUGUGAUGAUACCUCUCCUCAGCUAUUGGCUCACAGAAAAGCAGAACUGCAGGAGAGACAAACGAUAUACAGAUGGACUGCAUGGGCUUCUGGGAUUCCCAAGUGUAUUGAUGCCAAGACCGAAGCAGACCUGCAUCAGGACGUACGUUUUGACAGCGAGAAAAGGAGCGACUUUGAGGGCUCCUUACACUAUGCUAUUCUAGAGCUGUCUCUGAAGAAACUAGCCAUCAGGUUUGGAAAGUCAUGGGAUGAUCUGGAGGACUUUAAACGAUGCUUCUGGAAACUCAAAAGCCCCAUAGCUGAGUACUGUAUGGAGCACUGGAAGGAAGAUUGGUUCUUUGGGUACCAGUGUCUGAAUGGUUCAAACCCCCGCAUGAUCCAGCGCUGCAAGGAGCUUCCAGGAAACUUCCCCGUCUCUGGGGACAUGGUGCAGGGGUCGCUGGCACCCAGGACCACCCUGGACAAGGAGCUAAAGGCUGGUAACAUCUACUUGAUUGACUAUGCCAUUAUGGAUGGUGUUCCCACCAAUGUAAUCAGGGGGAAACCACAGUACAUCGCUGCACCUCUGUGUCUACUAUAUGAGCACCCUGACCAGGGACUCAUACCCGUUGCCAUACAGCUAGGACAGACUCCUGGCUUGGACACCCCCAUCUUCCUGCCUAAUGACCCCCCCCUGGCCUGGCUAUUGGCUAAGAUUUGGGUCCGUCACUCAGAGUUCCAGGUGUUCCAGUUGCUGUCACACCUGUUGAGAACGCACCUGUUGGUAGAAGUGUUCUGUGUGGCUACGUUACGUCAACUUCCCGCUGUACACCCUGUAUACAAGCUCCUGGCUCCCCACCUGCGCUACACUCUGGAGAUCAACUGCAGGGGACGGACUCAGCUCGUCUCCGCUGACGGCAUCUUCAAAAGGGUGGUGUCUACAGGAGGGGAGGGCCUGCUCGUCCUGUCCCAGAGAGAGUACAAGGUCCUGACCUACCGCUCUCUCCAACCCUGCUGGGACUUCCAACAGCGCGGAGCCACCACACUCAAAGACUACUUCUACAGGGAGCACAGCCUCAUGCUGUGGGACGCCAUACACAGUUUUGUCUCAGGGAUGAUAUCUGUGUACUACCAAUGUGACAGUGAUGUGGUGGAGGACCCUGAGCUACAGACCUGGAUAAAGGACAUCGCUGAGGAGGGCUUUGUCGAUGUCCCCACGUUUGGCUUGUCCAACGAACUCAAAAACAAAGCAGAGCUGGUUACCUUGCUGAGUGUAGCCAUCUUCACGAGCACAGCACAGCACGCAGCCACCAACAAUGGACAGUUUGACUGGUGUGCUUGGGUACCCAACACCCCGUGCACCAUGCGUCACCCCACGCCAACCGACAAGGAUGCUGUUACCAUGGAGAUGAUAAUGGACAGCCUGCCUGAUGUCAGCCAAACAUGUUUGGAGAUGGCGAUCACAUGGCACCUGGGGCGGCCACAACCUGAUGCAGUCCCGUUGGGUCAGUAUCCAGAGCAGUACUUCACUGAGCCCCAGGCCCAGGAGGUGAUUGACAGGUUCAGAAAGGAACUGAAGGAUAUAGAGGAACACAUCCUGAGCCAGAACCAGGGACUGGAGCUACCUUACCUCUUCCUCCUGCCCAGUCGCAUCGAGAACAGCAUUACUAUAUAGAUUAGACCCCAAUGUCUUAUCAUCAUUACUUUUUUACUAACUGAGGAGCAGGGCCGGACAAUCGCAUUUGGGGCCCCGGGGACCUGCUGAGGAGCAUCCCACUGGGCACAGACAUCAAUUCAACUUCUAGUUUUGAUAUACAGUUCCAGUCAGAAGUUUGGACACACGUACUCAUUCAAGGGAUUUUCUUUACUUUGACUAUUUUCUACAUUGUAG